AUGCGCCCUCAUGCAAUACUUUUCCUUGCUGCAAGCUUGGCAGUCGCUGCUUCGGGCUCCCAAUCAUCUCCAGCUCUUCCUCAAUGUGCUAUCGAUUGCCAGGAACAAGUUUUGUCAAGUAACACAACAUCGUGCUCCUCGACAGACACGACAUGUCUCUGCUCCGACCAACUGUUUCAAGACACUCUUGGCAACUGUGCGACGGCAAAUUGUACCGCUAGCGAAGCGUUGACGGCCAAAUAUCUCAGUUCUCGACAAUGCGACAUUCCCAUCGUCCACCGAUACUCCGAAGCAGAUGCCGGGACAAUCUUCCCUUUCGUACUCGCCACAGUCCUUUUCGCGAUCCGGAUAGCUGCGAAAUCCAUGCGUCUUGGUGGUGGCUGGGGUCCUGAUGAUUACACGAUUAUAGUAGCAUGGGCAUUGGGAGUAGUAGUAUUCUCACUGAAUGUUUCGAUGGUCCAUUACGGGUUCGGGAUGAAUGUCUGGGACAUUAUUCCACAAGAGAAUAUUACCCAAGGAUAUAAGCGCUUCUAUGCCUUUAUCCUAACGUACAAAGCCCUGAUAUCGCUCGCGAAAAUCUCCGUCUGCCUUUUCCUCCUACGAAUCUUCCAGUCCAAACCCUUUCGCUAUACAACAUAUGUCAUGAUCGGCAUCAAUACUGCCAUCGCAAUCACCUGGAUCCUCGCUGAUGCCUUCCACUGCAUACCGGUUCACCUAUCAUGGACGGCAUGGAAAAUGGACGAGGAAGGGAAAUGCUUCGACUUUGUGGCUUCGACUUUUGCCAACGGUUAUGUCAAUAUCGCAGUUGACACGAUCAUGGUUUCGAUGCCGGUUUGGGAGGUUAUCAAGUUGAAUCUGUCGGUCCAGAAAAAGCUGGGCGUGGUAUUUAUGUUUGCUGCGGGUCUAGUAUUAACUGCAAUCGGCAUUGUUCGGGUGAUUGUCUUCCACUUCAACAGUCCCCUCGUCAAUCCCACCUACAACAUGGAAGCCAUCGUCCACUGGUCCGUCAUCGAAUGCCAAAUUGCCAUCAUCUGCGCCUGUCUACCCGCAUCACGAGCCGUCAUGGUCCGCCUCGCACCCGGACUCCUCGGCCAAUCCACCGACCCAAGCAAUCGAUACAAAAACACAGGAUCCAGCGGACACGGUGCUGGAUCGCGCCAGAACAUCUCCAAGAGAGUAUCGUACUCGGUUGAUUACAUGGGUAAUGGGAAACCCCAACGGAGCAGUUUUGUGCAACUGAAAGACAUGGGUUCGGAUACGGAAGGGCAUGAUCAUUAUUGAUGAGAUUUGUUAUUUUCUUGCUUUCUUUUUUAUAUUAUUAUCAUCCUUUCUUAUUUUAUGAGGUGGGAAUAUUUAUACUAAUCUGCAUGAACAUGAAAAAAAAAUAUAUAUAUAGAAUAGAGACAUACUAUAGACUUAUUUAUGAAAACGGUCUAGAAGAUAUACAAGUACUUCUGUCUCAC